AUGGCUGCUUCCUGGGCUGAGUGGGGACAACAAAAGUUGACUGGAUGGUAUCUUAGCCGAAACGGAGUUACAAAUCAUACGCUGAAUCAUUUAGAGUGGUAUUAUUUUGGACAGACUCCGGAAAUUAAUAUCGACGAAUUAAACCAUCUGCGAUCGUGUUUAAUGAAAUUAAAACCUACCAACCUAGCAAAAUUUAUGAACUCUUACCAUAAUCGCACCGUUAUACAAAUUACAAAGCCAAGUUCGACUAUGCCCGCAUCUUCACCAACAGUUUUGAGUUGUCCUGUUUUGCUCAUGGUUGGUUCAGAAUCUCCGAUCAUUGAUCAAGUGGUUGAUCUAAAUUCAAGGCUUGAUCCCACACAAUCUACAUUUAUGAAGUUAGAGGAAUGUGGCGGCUUACUUUUAGACGAAAAGGCUGGUGCAGUGUCAACUGGAGUGCAAUUAUUCCUACAGGGACAGGGUUACAUGGUACACAAAAAAGUAAAAGCCUUUAGUAGCAUGACACCCGCUCCAGAAACUGAAAAGCAAAAACCGGCCAUUCAGGAAUCGGAAGAGGUUCUGGUAUAA